CCGUCAACCGUACACUGCCAAUGCACUUAACUCCUGACCUACUAACACAGAUCCAUGAGUCAGAAGCCACAUUGGUGUGCAAAAAAUCGGAGAAAAAUGUGGUUCUUUUCCUUAUGUAAAAUUUAGUCGACCCAGAUAUUUCUUCACGUUUGAGAGGACAAAUUCAUCGCUGAUGUAUGAUUUCUCCGUUAAGGACAGCGACUCUAAUAUCGCCACCAGUUUUCAACUAGCGACAAGGUAUGGUGAAAAUUUUUUGUGACGAGGAGGAGGAUUGUCUCUCAUGGAAGAUAUCAUCAGUUCUUGAAAGCAUUAUGAGGAACCGUUAAAUCCAGAGGAUACAAUCAGUUAUAAAUAUGCAAUCAGUCAAGGAAGAAAUUUACGCCAGUGAGCCCUAUAGUGGAGACGAUGCCCUGCUACUGGCUGUGGCCUUACAAGGGUCUAACCGGGACCUGAUAAGUAAUGUCUCUGGUAUACCAUUUAUAGCUAAAACUACCUGUCGCAGGAAAAGGGAGUUUAUCCCAGAGGAGAAGAAAGACACUGUUUAUUGGGAGAGACGACGCAAAAACAACGAGGCAGCUAAACGCUCGAGGGAGAAGCGGCGUAUAAAUGACAUGGUGCUGGAGAACAAGCUGAUGACCCUGGGAGAGGAAAAUGCCUCCCUCAAAGCUGAACUGUUGUCGCUUAAACUCAAGUUUGGCCUUUUGAGCUCAGCAGCAUAUGCCCAAGAAGUUGAGAAGUUGUCUAGCCACAAGAGUGCUCAUCUCUAUCAGCAAUUUGUCACAGCCAGUGCUGAUCAAAGCAGUUUCUCCAGCAAAGAAACUGAGCCUCAUCACCUGCGCAGUAGCUGUAUUUCAGUCAUCAAACAUUCACCAAAUAUAUCCAAGGCAUGUGCUCCAACUCAGGGUAGUUUAAGUAUGUGCAGAAGCACCGAGGUCAAACGGGAACCGGCAGAGAAUGGCACCUUUCCACAUGAGAGUAGUCCGUAUGAACUCUUUAGGAACUACAUGGCCAGCUCUUUGUCAAGAGUCUACGCUCAAUCUGCUCCAUUUUUACAGAUCACCAGGUCAUCCAGUAACUCGCCCAGAAGCUCAGAUGAUGGUGCUGUGAGCAAAUCAUCAGAUGGUGAAGAUGAGCAGCAGGUCCCCAAAGGGUUGAUGACAUCUGCGGCUGACCCAACAAGUGUUAUUGUAUCCACACACAAAGUGCCUGAGGCCAGUUCUUCGGCUCUGCCUCAUAAACUGCGGAUCAAAGCAAAGACCAUCCAAAUCAAAGUAGAAGCCAUCGACCCAGAGUACGAAUCAGCGGCAAAGUUCUCCUCACCUGUCAACGGAUCCUUUCAAGCAUUCUCAGACACCUCAGUGUGCUCUCAGUCCUUGCUGUGCCCUUUGUCGGAACAGGUCACCACCAUGCAGGACUGGACUCAGCGGUCUGAGCAGUGGGAUAAAAGUAGCACAAAAACACCUGAGGAUAGCUGUAUGAGUAGCAGGCAAAACCAUAGCUUCUCAGACAAACCAGCUGUGGAUAUAAAACAGCCAUCCUAUGCACAUUCAGAUGGAAAGGAGUGCAAAAGUGGCCUCUGAGAAAACGCAGCAAGGGAAACAUCCAUUUAACACAAUGAGUCCCUACUAAUAGCUUGCCUGCCUGAAUAACCUAAUACUAUUUUCAUCUUCACUUAUUUGGUAUUACACUGUGUGGUUGAUGUUUGGCUUUGAGCAACUUUUCUGGUCACUGUACAUUUUCAAGUAAAAGAUUCUGAAAUUGAAAGUGGUAAUUACUAAGCACAAAACAAAGCCCAAUGUAAAUGAGGAUUAGUUAUACUUCAAACAAAUAGAAGUAUAAUGUACAAUUUUACAUUGCUGAUUGGACCUGUAAAGUCCAUUCUUUUAAAUUUUGAUUUACCGUAUUUUCUGGAGUAUACGUUGCUCCGGCGUAUAAAUUGCACCAGCCAUAAAAUGUAUAAUAAAGAAGAAAAAAACAUAAGUCGCA